GCCAGAAGUUAGCAUUCAACUUGAACAAUUCAACAUGUCUGGUCGUGGUAAAGGAGGAAAAGGUCUCGGCAAAGGUGGUGCCAAGCGUCAUCGCAAGAUAUUGCGCGAUAACAUUCAAGGCAUCACAAAGCCCGCUAUACGUCGUCUAGCUCGCCGAGGUGGAGUCAAGCGUAUCUCAGGGCUUAUCUACGAGGAAACUCGAGGUGUUCUGAAAGUCUUUUUGGAAAAUGUGAUUCGCGACGCUGUGACUUACACGGAGCACGCCAAGAGAAAGACUGUUACCGCCAUGGAUGUUGUCUACGCUCUAAAGAGGCAAGGACGCACAUUGUACGGAUUCGGCGGAUAAGCUCUCCAGCAACAAAAACGGCUAUUUUCAUAGCCACAAA